CGCGCACGCGCACGCGCACGUGCUGGAGAGCUGUGGUGUCAGCGCCGCCACGGGUCCGACUCAAUCCUCGCCCUGUCGCUUCAUUAGUUCCUGCUUACCGCGGGGAAGUCUCACACCAUGGCGGUGAACUUGAGUAAGAAUGGCCCGGCACUGCAGGAAGCCUAUAAGGAGGUGGUGGACGAGAAAAGCAAUACUAACUGGGCACUAUUUACAUAUGAGGGAAACACCAAUGAUAUUAGAUUGGCUGGAAAGGGAGAUGGAGGCUUGGAAGAAAUGGUUGACGAGCUGAACAGUGGAAAGGUGAUGUAUGCCUUCUGCAGGGUUCAGGACCCGAACUCUGGCUUGUCCAAAUAUGUUCUGAUUAACUGGACAGGAGAAGGAGUAAAGGAUGCCAGAAAAGGGAUUUGUGCCAACCAUGUCAGUACUAUGGCAAACUUCUUGAAGGGUGCACAUGUGACCAUCAAUGCUCGGGCAGAUGAAGAUGUGGAACCUGAUUCUAUUAUGGACAAAGUAGCUAAAGCUUCUGGGGCCAAUUACAGCUUUCACAAAGAGACUAGCCGAUUUGCUGAUACAGGACCACAGGGUCCAGUGGGAUCCGUGUACCAAAAGACUAAUGCAAUGUCUGAAAUUAAGCGAACCAACAAAGAUAAUUUCUGGGCCCAAGCAGAGAAAGAUGAGGAGAAGAGACGUGAAGAAGAAAGAAAAAGAACCGAAGAUGAUCGUCAGAAACUGGAUAAAGAGCGACGUGACAGAGAGCUAAAAGAGGCCCAGGCAAGAGAAAAACGAGAGAAGGAAAGGGCACACCAGAUUGAUCAGCAGAAACAAUUUCAGCAGCAGCAAGAAGUGCAGAGCAAAGAACAAAAGAACCAGGAAAGGGAGAACCAAGAGAGGGAAGAGCAAGCUUCUCAGAGGAAAAGCUUUAAACGCAGUGAAUCUGUUGAAAAAGCUAUUGAGGCUGCUUCCUUAAUCUCUCAGAGGACAGUGAACCCCCGAGAUAUUUUCAGACAAAAAGAGCGUGGUUUGUCCUCAGAAGGUAGUGGCUUGUCUGCCAGUACUCAGCCAGGGAGGUUGCAAAGUCCAUUUCUAUCCAGGCAACCCAGUGACCCAGAGCGGUCCCCAUCUCACCAGCAACCAGCUUUUCCCAUGCUGGUUUCACCUGUUGCAGAGCCAAAUAUACAAGAGAAAUCAAACUUUGAGCAGGCUAAACAGGAAGUACCACAACAAGAGCACUGGACAGAAUCACAAACCUAUCAGUCUGAGGAUCUUUAUCAAAACCCAUCAGAGGACUCGGGUGACGUGUAUGAGGAUGUUGCAGUGGAAGAGAAUCUGUAUGAGGAGACUUCUCAGGAGGAGGCUCAAAGUGAUGCUUACAAUUACACUGAGGAAGAUGCAGCUGCCAGAGGAAUCUGUGCCAGAGCACUUUAUGACUACCAGGCUGCGGACGACACAGAGAUUUCAUUUGAUCCAGAUGAUAUUAUCACUGGUAUUGAGAUGAUUGAUGAGGGGUGGUGGCGUGGUUUUGCUCCUGAUGGGAACUUUGGAAUGUUUCCAGCCAAUUAUGUUGAAGUUCUCACCUCUUAGCUGAAGUUUGAAACUUGAAAACACUGUAAUGGGGAAGACGGAUGAGAAAUAUUGAAAUGUGAACUUGAUUUUCAUAUUACUUUCUCUAGCCAGUGGAUUUCCUCCAAAGCAAACUGAACCUACCACCAUGGCCACUGAUGAAAUAGCUUCCUUUUUUAAGAAAGUUGUAGAAAAUUAUUCUUUGUGUCAUUUAAAUCUUCCUAUUAAUUUUGUUUUCUUUUAUUUUUGCCAUCACAUAUCAAUUUAAGGCCAGUUUCAUUUUCCUAGAUUUAAUGUUGCUGUAUAUUGCAGAUUGCCAUCAAAAAGGUAAUGGCCUGUGAUACUGUCUAUAUUGUUUGGCAAGUUUAAGUAAAGUCCAGCAGCUAAGACCACACCUCUGUGUCUACAAGUAUACAUACAUGCUAUGUAUAUGAUGUGGUGAACGUUUGAAGGUAUAGAGGAGGUAUUUACUAUAAAGUAAGGACCAAUUCAUUCUAAAUAAGCAUUCCCAUAUUGCCUUGUUUUGUUUUUAAUUAAUAAUUUAUCGUAUUAUGACCAAUAGAAGACCACCUACGAGAAGUUUCUCAGUAAGUGUCUUUUUUUCCUUGUACUUUCUAAAUCUGAAUCAAUUGGUUAUACUGUACACAGAAUAAUUUUAUGGUGUCUUUAUAAAUAAAGAUUCAAAGAAGUUUUCCCUGAAUUAUUUUUAAUGUGCUGACAUAAAUCUAGCAUUUUUUCUCCUAGAUCACUCUUACUAUGAUUUUUCAUUUUAUUCAGAUCUUGGAUUAUGUGAAUCCUUCAGUUCUACAGGUAUUAUCCUGUAGAUGCCAAUACCUGUAACUCAAUCAGUAAUUUGUUGUGAUGACUUUUUUUGGUACGUCACAAAAAUUCAAAAGUGUGUAGUGCGCAGUUGAUAUUUGUAUUUUCAUUCUCAUCCUUCCAACUAUGCAACAUCAUGGGUGGUAUAUUUAGGUUUGUAGGUCCCUCUGUUGUGACCUGAAGAAAUAUUAUAUGCCACAUGUAAUGCAUGUAGUAUUUAAGUAUUUUUUCAGAUCACAGAUUUGUUUUUUAAACAGUAAUAAUGAGAUUUAUAUUGAAUUGUCUGAUUGAAAUGUGUCUUUCUUAAAACAUCACAAUCUGCUUUUCAAAAAUACUCUUUUCUGUUGCAUUUUGUUUGCAUUGACUUGAUUUCCUCUUGCUGUUAUUUUGGAACACUGAUGUUUGAAGGGGUGUAAUGUUUUUCUGUUAGCUGACCAUACUACAUCCUGAAAAAUUGUUUAUCAUGGAUGAAAGUCUCAUUCAUAUCAUUUGAGGUGUACAGUUAUCAAAUGUUACCCUAAAAGCCACCCAUUUAAUAACAUAGUUAGAAUUUUGGGAGUGUUACUUGGUGUUUCCCUUCAGCUAUAAUUCUUUCCUGUCUGAAAGCCUGAUUGAAUUUAAAAUGUGAAUUGCGACAUGGACUUCAGAAUAUUUUUGUAUUAUUUUGGAAGCAGAAUUUUUUGUGUGUGUGUGUUUUUUUUUUUUUUUGUUUGUUUUUUUUUUUAAACACUGAGGCUUACGAUACUAAUACGCAAAAUAGCCAAGAGGGUGCUAAAAGGUUUAAAGUGGAAAUAUAUAUGUUUAAUGCAGAUGUAAAAGUCAGUUCAAAAGGUUUCUUAUAUGAUCAAGAAGUUGUACAGUACUUGUGCCUUUUGUCUCACACAGUGAAUUGAGUCAGUCUUAGGAUUUUAAAGCAGUUUCUGGUGGUGUGGGUUGGGGUUGGGUGUCUUUUUAGCCUUUAUAUAUAAUUUUUGGGUAUAUUUUCUGGACAAGGAAAAAGUCCUGCCUUAUGGGUUAGAGCUUAAUCAUGGAAGCAUAAAGUGUGUGGUCUUUUUUUCCACUUUUUUCCGCUAGCAUGAUAUCAACAAUAAUUGGUUUUAAAGACUAAGUUGUCUUGAAAAUAUGAGUUUAAAAAACUUAUAUGAUUAAAAAUAAAUCAAUUAUUAAAUAUGAACCAAGUUUUA